AUGCCUCAGUGGUACGGCCUAUCGGGUGGACGCCCUGCCACCGUCCGCCUCAAACUGGCUGCACCAUGGAUUGUUUCGACGAUGCAGACCGCGGCACAAGUCCUACUCGGCGAUCCGUUGCCGCCAGCCCGACUGGAGGAAAAGCGCCUGUGCACGUGUCCGGAUGUGAACUUUUUGAUUCUGAGAACGUCGGUCGCGUUCGCAUUNCUGGUCAGUGUGGUCAUUCUCUUCCUGGCCGCGCAUAAACUGCAGUGCUUGUAUCGACCCCGAAUGCAAUCUAACAGUCCUGAAUUGCCUGGUCUCACUAAAUGCAAUUGGUCCAAUCUAUGCAAUCGUGGUCGCCGCGUCAGAGCGAAUCCUGAUUCAGGUGAUCAUGGUGCUGUAUAUCCAAACCGACCAGCCAUUCAAGAUAAAAGCGAAAAAUCCAUGAUUGCGACAAACGGUGAAUUCAACACGGUUUUACGAACCUCUCAUUCGGCUCUAACACACCCGUUGGAUACCAGUCAGUGCUUGUCAUUAUCUCAGCCAAUACCACUAUCACCAUGUUAUCAGCCGAAUUUCCGAUGUCAACCAAGUGGACACGCUCAAGGCUCCGGCUCGUCAGACACCGGAAUCUCCAGUCAAACUACAGAUGAGAAUGACGAUGUUCUUAAUCUGAAGCGUACAACUGUCAGUGUGUCCAGCUCCGCUAUGCCCAAUCUGGACAAGAUCGCCAGUUCCCCUUAUGGUACGUUAGUUGGCCUCUUAGAGUCCAACCAGGUGGACCAGAUAAGCACAAAACCCGUGACUGUAAUGGAUCAUUUCUGUCCCCAGCAUGGUCAUGUGACCUUAUCGUUACAACCGGAGGGGAACUUUAAAAGCACCCUAUCCCCAGUAGUGGAACAUGAACCCCUCAGUACAACAAAUUGUGUGAAAGUAGACAAGAACGCAUACGUGUAUACCAGUACGGAUUUGCUAUCCACUACAAAGAUCGAACUGAAUCCGAUUGCCCAAUCAGAUCCAACUAGCCCACUACUUCCUCUCUCCCCAUCUGAGUCGAAGCAGGCGUUAAAAAUGGAUAAUGACGAGGAUGUAUUAAAUGAGUCCCCUCUACGGAGUACAUUUCACAUGGAAGAGAAACAAACCAGAUCAAACAAUGCGAUAUCCGCCAAUCAAUACUAUUUGGAACAGACAUCAAUCAAGUUGAAUAUGAUAACAUGUGCAUUGUCCAUUGCUUUAUGGGCUCCAUUCAUCACGGCAUCCUUAGCACAUAUUCUGUUGAGUACAACACGAUUUAAUCGCCUCAUCUCAGUGAGCACAUUAAUUCAAUUCAAAUGGCUUUCUUACAUGUCCUCAAUAGCUUACCUAAUCGGAUAUCUGAUCGUAGAUCGACAACUGUGCCGAUUGGUACUGCAACAAUGUCGAUUCCAAAGAAGACGAUCGCACGAGGAACCGUCGAUCUCAGUUCCUCCAGCUGCAUAUUCCUGCUUGAAUCCAUCUAACGGUCGAUAA